CUAAAUCUGCUCCUGAUAGAAGAGGUGGUGAUGGCAUAAAGAAAAGUGACAAUUCCAGAACACAACUGCAACUGCCUGCCACUUUCUCACCUGCAUAUCUAUAUUUAUCAGUCUCUUUUUUGGUACGGAGACAGAUAAGCAGGGCACAGUGAAGGAAACCCCCUAGGAGAAUGAGGAGGGAUCCUGUUGGAGUAAAGACCAGCUUCUGAGCGCUAGGAAGUGGCAAUAUUUGGGCAUAUAUUGAGAAAAAGAUGGAGAACAUCACACUUCUUGUCGGCUCCGGGCUCAGGAGCAAGUUUGUCCGCUGGGGACUCUUCUGUUUUAUUUGCUCUCUAGACAUAUGCAUCCCCAAGACAGCCCAGCAAGUAAUCAGAUUUGGAGGGAUUUUUGAAACAGCAGAAAACGAAGCAGUUAACGUUGAAGAAUUAGCUUUCAAGUUUGCAGUAACCAAUAUUAACAGAAAUCGAACACUUAUACUUAAUAACACAUUAACUUAUGAUAUCCAGAGAAUUAAUCUUUUUGAUAGUUUUGAAGCCUCAAGAAAAGCCUGUGACCAGCUUGCACUUGGGGUAGCAGCACUUUUUGGCCCAUCGCAUAUCUCUUCAGUCAGUGCAGUACAGUCUAUUUGCAAUGCUCUUGAAGUUCCUCACAUACAGACUCACUGGAAACACCCUACAAUGGAUAAAAAUGAUAUGUUUUAUAUCAACCUCUAUCCGGAUUAUGCAGCCUUCAGUAGGGCAGUCCUGGACUUAAUACUCUAUUAUAACUGGAAAAUAGUGACUGUGGUAUAUGAAGACAACACAGGUCUAAUUCGUCUGCAAGAGCUGAUCAAGGCUCCUUCCAAAUACAACAUUAAAAUAAAAAUCCGACAACUGCCCUCUGGGAAUAAAGAUGCCAAGCCUUUGCUGAAGGAAAUGAAGAAAAGCAAGGAGUUCUAUGUGAUAUUUGAUUGUUCAUAUGAAAUGGCAGCUGAAAUACUUAAACAGAUUCUUUUCAUGGGUAUGAUGACUGAAUAUUAUCACUACUUUUUCACAACCCUGGAUUUCUUUGCACUAGACCUGGAAAUCUACAGAUACAGUGGAGUAAAUAUGACUGGAUUUAGGCUACUCAAUAUUGAUAAUCCUCGUGUUUCAUCUGUUAUUGAAAAGUGGUCAAUGGAAAGAUUGCAAGCUCUACCCAAGUCAGAAAUCGGUGUACUGAAUGGCAUGAUGACAACAGAAGCAGCUUUGAUGUAUGAUGCCGUGUAUGCGGUGGCUAUUGCCUCUCACCAAGCUUCUCAGAUGACUAUCAGCUCCCUGCAGUGUCACCGACAUAAGCCAUGGCGCUUUGGACACAGAUUUAUUAAUUUGAUCAAAGAGGCACAGUUGGAUGGUUUGACUGGGCGCAUCACCUUCAAUAAAACAGAUGGCUUAAGGAAGGAUUUUGAUUUGGACAUUAUUAGUCUCAAGGAGGAAGGGACAAAAAAGAUUGGAAUUUGGAAUUCCAACAGUGGUCUUAAUAUGACUGACAGAAAUAAAGACAGGUCCACUAAUAUCACUGACUCGCUAGCUAAUCGAACACUUAUAGUUACCACCAUUCUGGAAGAGCCCUAUGUAAUGUUCAAAAAGUCUGACAAGCCUCUGUAUGGAAAUAAUAGAUUUGAAGGGUACUGCCUGGAUUUGCUUAAAGAGUUAUCCAAUAUUCUGGGUUUCAUCUAUGAUGUUAAACUAGUUCCUGAUGGUAAAUAUGGAGCCCAGAAUGACAAAGGAGAAUGGAAUGGGAUGGUCAAAGAACUUAUAGAUCAUAAAGCUGAUCUGGCAGUUGCUCCUCUUACAAUUACCUAUGUGAGAGAGAAGGUCAUUGACUUUUCCAAACCUUUCAUGACACUGGGCAUUAGCAUUUUAUACAGGAAACCCAAUGGCACAAAUCCUGGUGUGUUCUCCUUCCUCAAUCCUCUCUCUCCUGAUAUUUGGAUGUAUGUUCUAUUAGCCUGCCUUGGAGUCAGUUGUGUCCUCUUUGUGAUUGCAAGGUUUACACCCUAUGAAUGGUAUAACCCCUACCCAUGCAAUCCUGAUUCAGAUGUGGUGGAAAACAAUUUUACUUUACUAAAUAGUUUCUGGUUUGGAGUUGGAGCUCUCAUGCAGCAAGGCUCAGAGCUAAUGCCUAAAGCUCUUUCUACAAGAAUAGUAGGAGGAAUUUGGUGGUUUUUCACCUUAAUCAUCAUUUCAUCCUACACUGCAAAUCUGGCUGCCUUCUUAACAGUAGAGAGAAUGGAAUCCCCUAUAGAUUCAGCAGAUGAUUUGGCAAAGCAAACAAAGAUAGAAUAUGGGGCAGUGCGAGAUGGAUCAACAAUGACCUUCUUUAAGAAAUCAAAGAUAUCCACUUAUGAGAAGAUGUGGGCUUUUAUGAGCAGCAGGCAACAGACAGCCUUAGUAAAAAACAACGAUGAAGGUAUCCAACGUGUGCUCACUACUGACUACGCUCUACUGAUGGAGUCCACUAGCAUUGAGUAUGUGACUCAGAGAAACUGCAACCUUACUCAGAUUGGAGGACUCAUUGAUUCCAAAGGUUAUGGAGUGGGAACCCCUAUUGGCUCUCCUUACCGGGAUAAAAUUACUAUUGCUAUCCUCCAACUACAAGAGGAAGGAAAAUUGCAUAUGAUGAAAGAAAAAUGGUGGCGGGGAAAUGGCUGCCCUGAGGAGGACAGCAAAGAGGCCAGUGCUUUGGGAGUAGAAAACAUUGGUGGCAUCUUUAUUGUGCUGGCUGCUGGACUUGUUCUUUCUGUAUUUGUAGCCAUUGGAGAGUUUAUAUAUAAAUCAAAGAAGAACAGUGAUGUCGAGCAGGCUUUUGGUUUCUUUUAUGGACAACAGUGUAAACAAACUCAACCAUCCAACUCUACAUCUGGAACCACCUUCACUAUGGAGUUAGACUGUGGCAAAUUGAUUCAAGAGGAACAAGGGAUUCAGACACAGUCCUCAGUCCAUACUGUAUAGUCAGUAAACCAAAAGGUGUGUCAAAUGGAAAUUUUUUGUUGCAAGGCUUAUAAAAUACAAACAGCAAUUAAUUCUUCCAAAUAACAGUAACCAUAAUUUCUAGAUCCUAUAAAAAAGUUCAACUGCUGAGAAUUUUGGAAUGUUGUACAGUCAUCUUAAAAUAGCAGAAGCUUGCCUUUUAUGGGCAUUGAAUGCAGUGCACUAGAUGUUUGCAUUUUCUGUCUAUAUAUGUACAUUAUUAUGUCUUUAAUGUUCCACUAGGAGGAAUUUUAGAAAAAAAUUUAUAGUUUAUAUUUUUCUGCAUGAAAAUAAGCUUAUUUGCUGUAGUGCUACCAAUCAAAAGGGAGGCACAGAUUUUAGAGUUGGAAAAGUAUUAAAUAAAAUAUGUAAUUUAUGGUGCUCUUUUGAACAUGUAAACUUUGAGCAGCAGAAAUAAUUAAAAGUAGAGGUAAAGCAGUUGUCUGCCUAAGACAUUAGGAAAAAACUAAUCUCUUGGGGUUUUAUUUUUGCCCUGAUUGAAAUGCAUAUACCAUUGAAUCAACAAACAUUA